GUCGCAGAUUUAAUCGCAACGCAACAGUGGCCCUCCAACAUGUUCUCCUCGAUGCCACCGAGCGCUACUGGCGUUGGUAGCGGAACCGAAGUGAAGAAAGCGCCCAGCAAUUGGUUCUGGUCGCUUCGCAGGCAGCCGAAGCCGAAAAAAGCUAUCCUAGAACCGGACAAACCGUUACAGAAAAGCUGCGUGGAUCUAUCGUCCGCGGCAACAAACGGAAGCACAACGCUGUUCGGAAACAAUCGACUGGACGAGGUAGUGUCCACCAGUAGUUCCUCCAUCGAACGUCCAACGGCUGGUUGUACGUGCGAGUACGUGCAGGUAUUCGAACCACCGGAAACAACGGGCAGUAUCUCGACGACUGCCACCAUCACGACGACGGUGUCACGCCAUCAGAACGAUGCACUGCUCGAAUCGGCUUCAUCCGAUAGUAAUCUUGCCUUAAGUUCCUCCACCUCACCGCUCGAGGGUGCGGUCGGUGUGCAGCCAUACGCGACGAAUAGUUUGCGGCGCCGGAAGGAACAGGUCGUGUACGGUGCGAAAACGGUCACGACAGUGACGAAGACGACCGUGCUAAACCGUCAGCGAACGUAUCGCGUGGGACUCAUCUUCAGUGACAAUGGGGAGCUACUGAACAGUAACCUUGACCUGCGGCAGUUGGUCGAGGAAAGCAAGCGCAACUUCCUCAAUGCGCUUGGGAAGGCGGGCGAAACGGAAGGUGGCGCUCUUGCCAUACCGCCACCGCCCCGAUUACCGUCGGACCUUGCCAAAGAGCCCAACAACAAUGAGGCUCAGCGAACGUUGAAGGACUCGGCAAAGGGUGAACUGCAGCACCAGUUUAGCAUACUGGACGAUAGCAAUUUUGACUUCAUUGACGAUAGUGCCGAUCUGUUCAACCGUAACUACCCUCAUCAACCUCCAUCAGCGUCGUCGACCGUGGCAGAACUACCAAGACCAUCGGUGUUGGCAUCGCCGGGUGUGGCGCUUCCCAUUACCAAAGUGUUGCGUAUGUGCAACAACUGUAAAAACAAGAGUAAUCUAGUCUACCAGCGGAGCUGUUCGCAACCGAAUCGUAAGCAAAUCAACGAUGAGCUGAACGAGGUCGAAUCGGAGAUGAAAUCCCACGAAAGCAAGGAGGAGAACAAACAUUCCAACAAAGACAAACAGAUGGCGCUAGGGCGGAAAAAGUUCAACAUGGAUCCAAAGAAAGGAAUAGAAUUUUUAUAUGAAAACCAGCUCCUAAGGACAGAUCCCCAGGAUGUCGCACAGUUCCUGUACAAAGGGGAAGGCCUCAACAAAACGGCAAUUGGUGAUUAUUUGGGUGAAAAGAAUGACUUCAACGAGCAAGUGCUGAAGGCCUUUGUAGAAUUACAUGAUUUUACGAAUCUUAUACUGGUGCAAGCUUUAAGACAAUUCCUCUGGUCAUUCAGACUGCCCGGCGAGGCGCAGAAGAUCGAUCGCAUGAUGGAAUGCUUCGCCCAGCGGUACUGUCAGCUCAAUCCGGACAUCUUCACCAACACGGACACGUGCUACGUGUUGAGCUUUGCCAUCAUUAUGCUCAACACAUCGCUCCACAAUCCAUCGGUAAAAGAGAAGCCCACGGUUGAACAGUUCAUUUCCAUGAACCGUGGUAUCAACAAUGGGGGCGAUUUGCCGCGCGAACUGUUGGAGUCCUUGUAUGAGUCGAUACGGGCGGAACCGUUUAAAAUACCUCAGGACGAUGGCAACGAUCUGAUGCAUACCUUCUUCAAUCCGGAUAAGGAGGGAUGGCUGUGGAAACAGGGUGGAAGAUAUAAAUCGUGGAAGCGAAGAUGGUUUAUACUGAACGAUAACUGUCUCUAUUACUUCGAAUACACCACCGACAAGGAACCAAGAGGGAUCAUUCCAUUGGAAAAUAUUGCGGUGCGUGAGGUAACGGACCGCAGUAAACCGCACUGCUUCGAGCUGCACGCAAGCGGUGGCGCCGACAUUAUCAAAGCGUGCAAAACGGACAGCGAGGGCAAGGUGGUGGAAGGUAAGCACACCGUUUACCGGAUGUCGGCCGCAACCGAAGAGGAGCAGCAGGAGUGGAUCAACCGACUCAACCAAUCGAUCAGCCACAACCCGUUCCACGACAUUCUAGUACAAAGGAAAAAGAAAGCCCUGGCAAAAAACCCGUUCGCUACACUACUCCAGUGGUUCAGUUGCGGGUUGUUCUGCGCCGACCGUAAAAAGCUCCAACGUCAGCGUACGACCGUCGACGAGUACCAUCUGAUGCCGCUCUAG